AUGGCAGCCAGGGGAUAUAUUUUCGUAUGCAUUGCGCUCCUCCUUGCGACUUCCGCGGCCGCGCAGCGUGGACCGCCUGGCGGAGGCCCUCCCGGAGGCCAGCAGUCCGGAGGGGCGCGCGGAGGACCUGGCGGACCCGGGUCUGGCGGGCCUGGCGGGCCUGGUGGGCCUGCUGGUCCGCGCGGUCCUCCGUUCAACUUGACGGUCGUCGGAAAUCUGACGGCGGACGUCGGCGCGCGAUUGGCCAAUUGCUCCGCAGACGAAACCUUUCUCGACGGCCGCUUUCACCUCGCCAUCUUUAAGAACGCGAGCGGCAACUACAACCUGGCGGUCGACGCGCUGCUCGUGGGCGCCACGGGUGGGCCGCCCGACUCCCUCGCGAUCGUGAAGGGCGCCGUCUGCGACUCUUCCGCCUCCGCCGCCGCGAUCCUCGCGAUUCCGCUGGCGGAGUCCGACUGGCAGCAGCGCGAAGGCUGGUGGCUGCUGCACGCGGAGGCGCGGCUCGACGCGUUUCUCGAGAACGCGGACGCCGCCACCGUCGAAGCGCUCCUCGCGCUCCUCCCUAACGCGACGCUCCCGGCGGCGCGCGGCGGCGGCGGACGUGGAGGGAGCUCGGGCGGCACGCGGAGCGGGCAGGGCAGCAGGCGCAUGGGGAGGGAGCUGCUGAUGCGCGCAGCGGGGCGCGUCACCGGCGCCAGGCAGGGGGGGCAGCAGCAGGGGGCGCCACGGCAGCCGCCUGCAGGUGGUUCCUCAGGUGGAUACCCAGGCGCUGGGGGCGCGGGGGGGAUGAUGGGGGGUGGCGGGGUGAACGCGACUGUGAGUGGGUAUGCCGUGCUGGCCACUGCCACUGCGGGGGGUGUGGCGUGGGGCGGCCAGCUCAUGGGCGUCAAACUGCCCUCCGCCGCUGCCUGA